AUGGCAGGCGGGGGCAAGAGCAUCAAGAACUCGGCGAGCAAGCAGGCUCAGCGUGCGACGAAGAAGGUGACCAAGCAGGCAGCAAGGACCAGCCGCAAAGUGACGAGCUUCGCGAAGCCGAAGCGCCUCAAGGCGUAUGUCCAGCGUGCGCUCAAAGCCAAAGAGCCCAAGCUGGUGGAGAACACCAAGAAUCUGCUGGUUCUGCGCGGCAAGAAGACGAACGAGGACGUGAACGAGCUGCUGUGCAAUCUGCGGAUGCUCAAGGCGCCGGAUGCCACGUUCAUGGGCAAGAAGAACGACAUCCACGUGUUUGACGACGAGAACAAGGUGGAGUUUCUCACGCAGAAGAACGACGCGAGUCUCUUUCUAGUCGGCAGCAGCACGAAGAAACGGCCGAACAAUCUGGUGCUGGGCCGCACCUUUGACGGUCACAUUCUGGACGUGGUGGAGCUCGGCUUUUGCAAUUUUAAGCCCAUCAGUGCGUUCAAGUGCAAGAGCAAGAAGGCGCCUGGGUCCAAGCCCAGCUUUGUGUUCACGGGUGACCAGUGGGAGAGUGUCGAGGCAUUCAUGAAGCUGAAGAACAUGUUGCUGGACACGUUUCGUGGUACAAUUGUCCGUGGUGUGAACGUCAAGGGGCUCGACCAUGUCAUCGUGUGCACGGCGUGGAAGGAGACGGUGUUGUUCCGGUCGUACUCGAUUGACUUCAAGAAGGGCGACGAGUCGCACCCGCGCGUAGAACUGGACGAGAUGGGUCCGCGCUUUGAUCUGCAGUUCUGUCGCACUAAGUUUGCUUCGGCUGAUGCAAUGAAGGCGGCCACUAAGAAACCCAAGGGCUUGGUUCCUAAGAAGAAGAAGAAUAUUUCUCGCGAUGAACUGACGGGUGAUAAGCUUGGACGCAUUCACAUGGACCACCAGGAUGUUUACUCGAUGCAGAGCCGCAGGGUGAAGGCGUUGCGCAAAACACCUGCCGAUCUUAAGAAUGGCAAAGGCGCAGGUGGCGGUGAAGGAGAGGAGACGGAAGCCUAA